AUGUCUCCCAUGUCUUGCACUCAAUACCGAGUUCUUCAGAGAGACCCUGAGAGUGUCCUUAUUACCACUUCUUCUGCCCUCCAUGUGAACGCUUACUUUCGCCGAGCUGGCUCUGGUCCUUCGUGCCUCCACUUCGUCAUGUCUGUUGGCAUCCCUGGAAAGUGCUUUGCCAAGGCAUGUGAAGACUUCCCUGUGGAAUGGGCAGAUAAAAGCAAGUUGUUCCAGUUGGCCAUGAAGGUGGCAGAAGCUUGGUCAUCCAUGGAAGAUGCCAAGGUCACCCACUGCGUGCGUCCCGAGCCAUCACCAGUCGUCCUGACUUUUGUCCGGCCACUGGACGUGGAUGGCUGUGGAACCGAGAGUGAGACUGAUGACUUUGGGCACGUCUGCUGUCCACUUACCCCUACCUGCUAUUUUACUCUACCCCGGCACAGUGCCUGGCACAGAGUGCUGGCGCUCAAGGCCGAGGUGCAGGCGGGCCGCGCGCUCACCGUGCUCGUGGCGCUGCUCGGCUUGGCCGCGCUGCUGGUGAGCGUGGCGGGCGCGCAGUGCACCACGUGCGUGGCGCCCGGCAAGGCCAAGGCGCGGGUGGCGGCGGCGGGCGGCUCGCUCUACGUGCUCUGCGGCCUGCUGGCGCUCGUGCCGCUCUGCUGGUACGUCAACAUCGUCAUCAGCGACUUCCACAGCCCGGCUGUGCCCACAUCGCAGAAGCGCGAGAUGGGCUCGGCGCUGUACAUCGGCUGGGCCGCCGCGGCGCUGCUGCUGCUCGGGGGCGGCCUGCUCUGCUGCGGCGCCUGCUCGGCCGCCGCCCGCGACGACCUCCCCUUCCCGGUCAAGUACUCGGCCCCGCGCCGGCCCACGGCCACGGGCGACUACGACAAGAAGAACUACGUCUGAGCGCGGGCACCGGCAGCCGGCACGGAGCGGACGCUCCGGUCUCCACGCUCCGGCGGGCCCGGAGGGAGCGGAGGGAGGCAAGGCGCGCGCUCCCGACUUCUCCCCCCCACCCCUGCCCCCCUCCUGCUUUUCUGCGACCUAACUGCGCUUUGGAAUCCGCGACGGGAACCGAGGACGUCACUCUCAGGACCCUCCAGACGUUCCCGCGCGGGGCGUGGAGCCCACUGGCAGCGGUUCUGCCGCUUUGCGGGACUCGGUGCCUCCGGUCUGCAGAGGCGCUCGUCUGGGACAGCUGACUUCUAAGGCCGGCUCCCGGGACGGCCCUCGGGGGUCUGCCUUGGCACCUCCCUCCAGCCUGCUCCGGGGCUAGCUGGAAGCCCGCAGACCCUCUUCUUUCUUCCCGUGCCCACCCCGGGGAGGGACCCCCCCCCCUGGGAGGACCUUCAUUCCAAAGGAUCUGCGCUGAGACGCCGAUUGCCUCGCACUGCUGAGCUGCGGCCCCAAGACCCUGGGCGCAGGGACGGGCUCGGCUGCCCUGGACCAGCGCCCCCUCCGCCCCUUGCCCAGGAGGGCAGCAGCUGUCCCCUUCCCGGGGCGGGGGGUGGAGGGGCUUCAGGCAGUCAGGCGGGGCCCCCCUUUCCCGCCUUCCUUCCUGACUUGGGCCUCCUAGAGGUGAGGGCCGGUGCCCGGGAGGGGGCGGGGCGGGGCCGUGGUCCUGGUUGUUGCGGGAUGGAGCCGGGCGGGCCCAGGGAAAGCCGCUUCUUACUCCAUCCCGCACGGAAAGGUAACUGUAACGCGUGCUCAGUAAAACGUUUCUCCGUU